AUGGCGAGCCUGAAGGCUGGCGGGAAGCUUGCAAGCAAAGGCAACGUGGAUGGUGUUGCGCGCUGGAUUGAGCAACGGGUGAAGCAACACGGCAGCCUCGACGUUGGAGCGGUGAACGGCAGUGGGGACACCAUGCUGCAUCUGGCAGCCCGCCAUGGCCAUGCACGUGUGCUGGAGCUGCUACUGGCUCAGGGACCAAGCAAGGAUGAGGUGAACGCCCGCAACACGGUUGGACACACUCCACUGCACGAGGCAGCAUUGUGCAGUGAUUCCACGUGCGUGCAGCUGCUGCUCGCCGCUGGUGCAGACGUGCACAUCGCCAAGCACGCGGACUGGACUGCGCUUCACCUCGCGGCAACAAAGCCAAACGCCAACGCAGUGCAGCAGCUGCUGGCGGCUGGUGCGGAUGCCACUCGGCUCAACAAGGAUGUCGGUAGCGAGAACUUCAAGACAACAGAGGCCGAUGCCUUGCACAUCCUCGACCUUCUUACAGCGAAAUGCCCACAAGGGUUGAAUCAGCCCGAUCACCACGGCCUCACGCCGCUCCACCUCGCCGCCAUGCACGGCCACGCUGAGCACGUGUCCCAUCUCAUCGCUGUGGGCGCAGACGCGACAAAGGCGGACAUAAAGGGGCGAACACCCCUUGAUCUCGCACGUGCGCGGAGAAAGGACAACACCGCAGCCGUGCUGGAGGCAUGCAGCAGCUAAUGAUGAUGAUGAUGCGCCCAUGCAGUGGCUCAUGGUCGGUUGAGUCGAAACCAUGGUUUGACACAAUGGUUUGGUUUGAGUGACAACGACGACGCCGUGUUGCUGUCCACUCCCAGUCCCACCACCACCACCACCACCACUACCACCACCACCACCAUCAUCAUCAUCAUCACCAUAAUCAUCAACAAC